CGCUCCGUCAACAAAUGUUGCAGGAAGAGAAGAAGAAGGAGUAAUGGCAACAAUGAUCGAAGAAAACGGUCCUUCGACUCAUGAGCAGCCAGGAGGCUCCUCGUCGUCCCAGGCCCGCCAGAACCUGGAGGGGCUCCUGAACAAGAACAUGAGGAUCCGGAUGACGGACGGGCGGACUCUGGUGGGUCUGUUCCUCUGCACCGACCGGGACUGUAACGUCAUCCUGGGCUCCGCUCAGGAGUUCCUCAAGUCCUCAGACACGUUCUCCCAGGGGGAACCCAGAGUCCUGGGCCUGGCCAUGAUCCCGGGUCAUCACGUGGUCUCCAUCGAGGUGGAGGCCGACAGUCUGGAGGACACGCAGGGCUUCGGGGACAACCAUUGAUGGAGACCUGAAGACCUGAAGACCUGAAGACCUGGAGACCCCCACCCCGGUCUGUUCAGACUGAGGUCCAGGAGAACGGGGGCGUCUUCCUCUCAGGAUUUAAUGGCUCUGGUCUCCUCUGCAGAGACAGAUCUCCUGUAUUCUGGACUCUGGAUUUAUCCGUUCCCGCUCCAUCAGGCAGGUCCAAACUGUUCCAGAAAGGACCCCGCUGCUGCAGGUUUCUACUCCAACCAAUCAGGAACACACCUGGUUCUACUGAUCAGCUGUUUAAACCCUCAGAUCAGCUGAUUGAACCACUUGUGCAUGUUGAAAGGAAAACCUGCAGCCACGAGGCCCCUUCUGGAAUAGUUAGGACAUAUCUGAAGAUGUGAAGAUGUGUGUGUGUGUGUGUGUGUGUGUGACGCUGGAUGAGUGUGUACAGUCUUUGUUUGAUGUUUUAAAAUACAUAAAAUGCUAAAUUUGAGACUGUGUGUUUAGUUGUCAUUGAAAGCAACAUGCAUCAGCUGCUACAUGUUUUUUAAAAAGCAGAACUUCAUGGAUUU